UUUACUGUCAGCUGACGCUUGACUUGUCCAGACACGCGUGGACAUCGCGGUUUGUUUACGUCGCUACAAGAUACAAAAUAACCGGGAAAGUUGGCCAGGAUGUCUCAGAUGAGGAUCACCGACACGUUUCAGAAGGUGAAGAGACCAGGGAGGACACAGAAACAGGGAAAAUUGGCGCAGAUAGCCUCAAAAUCUGUAGAAGCCCCUGCCCAGAGUACCAGUGAUGCAGCAGAGCUCCAGAGACAGACAGACAUCACACUCCUCAAACAGUUCGACCUCAACCCUGACUUUGGGCCCUGCAUAGGUAUAACUAGACUGGAGCGGUGGGAGCGUGCUGAGAAGUUUGGGCAGACUCCACCUGUUGACAUUCGAGACUUGAUUGUACAGCACACAGGAGACGAGGAAUACACACACUGCCUGUGGAAUGACUACAAGCAGAUGUUGUGAGGUAUGGCUGGAGGGAGAUCCAACCCACAGAGGGCUGGGACCGAGGUUGAUGCAGAAUACACAGUGCUUUAUUUUUUAUCCAUGUCAUGAUCAUACUCACCAAAGAAACCACACAUUAUAAUGCAAAAUGUGCUAGAAAUUGAGAAAAUUUAGUAUCCCUAAACAAGAAAAUUUGUAAAGACGUCAAUUCCAAUGUCUGAAUCCCGCAUUCAAAUUUUUGAAAGCGGCACACAGAAAACACAUUCAAAUUAUUCUUUGGAACUUUUGUAAGCCUGCAUGAUAUAACUGUAGAACCCCGUGUCAUAUGGGUAGUUAUCACACGGGCCAGAACAUCCAUAUCAAACGUUAUCACAGCCCAGGUAUGACAUAAAACAAAGUUCAUGUAGGUGUUGUAAUAUCACAGAUAGGUAUAAAUGAUACAUGUACAAACAGUCAUGUACUUUUAAUGGCAUUAUAUGCAAAAAGAUGUCUUCAAAAGGUUAAGGUGAGAAAACUCUGCAAAAAUAGAAAUACAGACAAGUCAAUUCAUUGAAUUAUCAGAAGAACCCUCUUUAUUUAGUCACCAUUGUAAAAGUUGUAUAAGAUGCAAAAAAAAUCAUGCAAUAUUACAAAGAUAAAGAACUAUUCUUGACAAAGGUUACAUAGUAUUGCCUUGGUUGGUAUUACACGUACAUUUAAAAGUGGUUGUGGAUUUUAUAUUACAGUAGUGGUGAAGUAGUAGUAGCAGUAGUAGUAGUACAUUGUAGUUCAUAGCAACUACAACAACUAUAUUGUACGUACAUGUAUACAUGCACUAGUUUGGUAAAUGUAGGGUAUAUCUACAUUUUGGGUUUUAGUUUUUACAUGUAAAUGUAAAUGUAAUGGAGGCUGGAAAAUAUUUUUUUUGAUUAAGCUUUUUUUUUUAUUUCAACUUCUUGGUUAAAACUGAAUCAGCAUCAGAACACUUUUUAGGGACAGCUGAGAUUUUUAUUUUGACAGAUCGUUUUAUUCCUUCUUUAUUGAAAUAUUACAAAUUAUAUGUAUCAUGGGUUUUUUCUGAAGGUCUUGUGUAGUAUUAUAAUAUUUUGUUGAUACAUGUAAAUGUAUUCUAACCUCUGUUCCAAGUAUGGAAAGUGCGCAGGUUGACAUAUAUAGUAUCACUGCAAGUUCUCUUCUUGAAUGAAAAAACACUUAUUAUAUUAUAAUUAUUACAUUGUUAGUUCCUGUUUUACACUAUGAUGUUAAAGUAGACCAACAUUCCCCUGCCAUAUACAUGCACAUGUGGUCAAUGUGUUAACCACACUCUAUCUGGA